GUCGUACCGGAGAAACCGAAGCGCUGGAUUCAAGUGUUUAACCGUGUUGUCUGCGGCUCCCAGAGUCUCAGCUCCUGCAGACUGCAGGGAUGGGCCGUUGUCUGGAUGGCUGACGGGACGGGACGCGGACCAAUCAAAUGACAAGAUGCUGGCUCGUAACCGCUUCCUCCUCCUGGUGGUGGUGGGUGGAGCUGCGCUGGCCAUCCUCAGUCUGAGCCUCCAGUUCUUGAACCUGAUCCCCACCACUCCCAUCGUGGAGGAGCAGCCCUUCCAGGCUGCAGAUGGAGGCAUCGGGGCGGCUCUGGGGAAGAGCAGGAAGCGGGUGUUCCCAGUGCCUCACACUGAAGAGCCCAAUCCCAUAUUCGAGGCUUAUGGCUACUGCAACACUCCCAACCGUACCGAGCAGGCCUGGGAAGGUCACAGUCCUGCUGACUACAAGCUGCUGUCUGUCCAGGUGAUGAUUCGCCACGGCGACCGUUACCCACUUUACUCCAUUCCCAAAACCAAGCGACCCUCCAUCGACUGCACCCUCUCCACCAGCAGGAAGCCUUCCCACCCUCUGCUCAACGCCUUCAUCGGUCACAUGGGCCAAGGGAGUCGUGGCCACUGGGAGUCACCACUGGGCUCUGUUCCCCGUCUGCCCAACCACAGUGCCUGUGAGAUGGGAGAGCUCACACAGACGGGUGUGGUGCAGCACCUUCGCAACGGGCAGCUACUUCGCCACGCCUACAAACGCCACAACCUCCUCCCCUCUGAUUGGUCACCCCGCCAGGUGUGGGUGGAGACCACAGGUAAGAGCCGCACCCUCCAGAGCGGACUGGCCUUCCUCUACGGCUUCCUGACGGACUUUGAUUGGACGAGGCUGACUGUGCGCCACCAGUGGAGCACGCUGUUCUGCGGCUCAGCCUGCGACUGUCCCGCCCGGAACCGAUACCUGGAGGAGGAGCAGAGGAGGCAGUACCGGCUCCGAGUGGCCGACACCGAACUGGAGAGGACUUAUGUCGAUAUGGCGCGCACUUUGGGUGUUCUCACCCGCCAGCUUCGAGCGGCAAACCCCAUAGACUCGCUGCUGUGCCACCUGUGCCACGACCUUUCUUUCCCAUGUGCUCCUAUGGGGGACUCUGGCGCCGGUGGAUGUCUGACGAUGGCGCAGUUUGCCGUAAUUCGUCGGCAGCAGCUGGACGACGAGGUGGACCGGAGAAGGGCGGGGCUGUACCGUAAAUACGCCAUCCUGGCCAUGUACCCAUACCUCAAUCGAACUGCCACCAAGAUGGAGCGAGUCGCCAAGGCCAGCGAGGCGGGCCGACAGCCUCGGGCGGGAGGCGAGGAGGUCUUCACCCUCGCUUCAGCCCACGACGUCACUGUGGCCCCACUGCUAAGCGCCCUGGGACUGGAAGAGGCCAGGUUCCCUCGGUUCGCCGCAAGAAUAGUCUUUGAACUGUGGAAGAGUCCCUCAGCGACACAAGGGCAGGCAAAAAAAAGAGCUGGAAAAGGUGAGAAGUCCAAGGUGAAAGACGGGGAGCUGUUCAUCAGAGUGCUGUACAACGGCGAGGACGUAACAUUUCACACCGCCUUCUGUCGCUCCCACGACGGCCACGCCAGCCAGCCACUCUGCCCUCUGAAAAACUUCCUGUCUUUUGUUAGAAAAGACAUGUUCAGCAUUGUCAGCGCUACUUCCUACAAGGAGGCCUGCUACAGGCGCCCGGGUUGACAGAUGGACAGAUGGAGAGGAGGGUGAUUGGGUAGGGACGCAGAGUUGGCAGAUGGUCGUACUCCCCUCGUUUUUUCUGGUCGUUUUCCACUUUUGGAGAGGGUGCACUUUAAUGCUGCUCAUCGUGUCUUACAGUUCCUCAUAUUCUAAACAUAGUACUUGACAUUCCUGAGCACAAAGUGAGCGGCAGACACAUGUAAUACUGUACAUAACACCUUGAUCAGAGCUCGUCUGUUUCUAACACACCUAAUUGUUUUCUUGCGUAUGUCUGUCAUGGAUACACGCUUCAUGGGAAGUUGUGCGGCACGUAGCCACUUUAUUCCUACAUUCCAUAAUACCGUGGAAUUGUAAAAUUUCAUAAUUUUCUGAAUGCCUCCAAGGAAGGGGAAUGUUGAAGCUUGAAAUAAAAUGCUGGAUUAUUCAUUCCUGGGAAAUAUUUUGUGUAUAAUAAAUCUUUUCAAUGAAAAUACACGUUGGGCUGGUUUCUGCCACAGCACCCACUACGACUAAGUCAUUAGUCACAGGUUUUAAUAGUAGCUCUCCUUUUUAUAACAGUAAGGGUUUGACACGUUGACAUGGGUCUUUUUACUCUUUAUUAAAACUGACUGUGGUACUCUGAAA